AUGCUCACCUCUUUCCAUAUUGGGCUCCAAGCUAGACGUUACAGGAGGCCCAAGUCCAUGGGCAAUUCUAAUGUAAGCAUAAAGGUCAACAAGAAGGUGCAGAAGAUCCUUGUGCCCAAGCCAGAAGAGGCAGACAUGCAAAGCCAUUACACUACUUUCCAGACGGUGUACAGGCUGCUGAAGGACACCACCAUUGGCUACUUCACUGUGACUGUCGCUCCCAUGUCAAAGAGUGACAACAUCAGACUUGAUCCUCAUGCUGGCGGUCCCACUCUGGCUCGCAACACUGUCAACCUUCGCACGACUGUCAACCUUUGCACGCUCGACGAGGGCCAUGUUGGGUGUAUUCUCACCAGUAUGAAGAGGCAGUUUGAGGGGCUGCUCGACGAGAAUGCACCCAUUCUUGCAGUUGAACGUGAAUGGCUUUCAAUUCCAACUGAUCAAAGCGAGGACAGCGGAUCGGAGGAAUUCACUCUUUAUCCUGGCACCGUCUGGACCCCACAAGCACAGGGCAAAUUUGCCUCUAUGCUGAACGGGUCCCACCGCUUUGAGGCAUCCCUCCGCCUCACGCUGCCAGACACAAAGGCCUUGGAACAGGCACAACUUGCACUGAAGACCGUGCCAGAGGCAUCAGAGCAACAUGCUCUUGUGUCCCAGCGCAUCAGAGAUCUUGAGGACAUCAUCCGGACCAAGACAACCUGGACAGUACGGCUCUACGACAAGGCCAUGAUCGAGGCUUUGCAGUACCACGAGCAGAUGCUCUUCAUCCUCGCCCAGAACCGGGACACCGCGAAGAUGCCAGAUGAUGCUGAGUCGCAGCUCAACAUGUCUCUCCAUCUUCUGAGUGGCAAGCCAAUGGACACCUGGGAUGCUAUCAUCCCAGCAGUGCUGGGCAAGCAAAAGUCCAGUACAAUCACUCGGCUCUUGCGGUGGCGCGAGCUGUCGAGAAUGCUGGUUGAUUUGACUGAGCUUGGGCUGUUCUAUAAACCAAAGAACAUGCCUGCGAAAGUCCUAGACAUGAUGUACCGUGUGAACGGUGACUGUAUUAUUCCAAUCGUGUGUGGUCUUACACUACGCUUCAAGUUCUUGCUGCGCUGCGAUGGGCCUCCUCUUCUGGAUUGCAAGGCAUGGAUUGCACAGCACCCCAAGCUGAGGGAAGUCUGGGUUGCUGGUGUUGGCACUGGUAACGUGGAAACAACACGUCUAUCAGACAAAUUGCUCACAGCAAUGGACGCUGCCUUCCACGACCACCUUGAGCCGUACAUCGACUCGUUCUUCAGCUCAGACGCUGCCACCACUCAAAACAGUGAUCAGUGCGACAUCUGGACCGGGGCAAUGAAGCUUUACUGGGUAGAAAUCCGCAAUGCCAUCACCACCGAGUUCACUGACUCUGAUGGCCACUGUGACCCCGCUCUGGCUCGCAUCUUGAACCGACUUGACUGGCUCAGCGCCGGUGUUGACGCCUCUAACAAGGCUCUCCCGUCAUUUGCCACCGAGUACCCUCUUGUCUCAUCCCUACUCCUGGCAUCUCUGCCGAGGGUGUUGAACAAAGUUGAGCCUGCCCUUGCUGCUUUUGCAACCAUCAUAGAGCCACUUGCACUGUUUGGUUCCAGGUUGCGGGGAAACCGUGUAUGGACGUCAGGAUGGGGAGGUGUGCGGUCCUACAUUGAGAGCCGUAUUGGUGGAGCGGACAAGAGAGAGGCUGUUGAUGGCUUGUUCAGCACGAUAAUGCGACAUGUCCUUGAGCAUCAAAAUGUUGCUCUGUCAGCAAUGACGGUGUACCUGAAAGGUCUACCGGGCAUUGGGCUCAACCCCUCGCGCCCCCACAUUGGUGACACCAUGUCUGUCUACAUCAAGGCGUGGUACACAGCUCUUGGCAACAUCUUGACAAGAUAUAUAUCUCUUCAAUGUCUUGAGGUUUUGGGUGGUUUUCUCUGA